AUGGCGCUUUAUGGUCUUUCACAUAACCAACGUUGGGGAUUUCGUAUAAUUGAUGAUAAUACAAAGUUGGAAGAACUAACUAUACAUAGUUAUGACAUUAGAUUAAAAGAAAAACGUAAUGCCCGCUCUAUGAAGGAUGCUAUUCUUGUAGAUUUACAGGAAAAUAAUCUUCACUCUUUAGAUGCCUAUAUCAAAGCCAUUAAUACCGUCACAA